CCACUACCACCCUUUCGCAGCCUCGAGCCGCCCGCCAUGGCGCGCUGGCGCGCCAAACGGCGAAGGCCGACGUGGCACGCCUGACUGCCAUGGCGGAAGAGGUGGAUCAGCUGCUUCAACUGCUACAGUCCACAAGCAAUGUGGCACGUGGGCAAGCUGAAGCUCAAUUGGAGGCUUGGUGCCAAAAUCCCAACUUCCUCACGGUCCUCAUGAGUCGCACGGUCCAAGGCUCCACCGUGGCCAGCCGCCAGCUGGCCGCGACGAUCCUGUCCUGGAGGCUCCCAAGAGCUUGGCCCACCUUGUCAGACGCGGACGCCGGGCGGCUUCAGGCUGGGCUCCUGGAGUGCUUCUUGUCCUGUGGCGAGCUGCCAGUGCUGAAAGCCUUGGGAGAGGCCUGCAAUGCCUUGUGCCAAUCCAUUGCGGUGAGACACAAUACGAUUUGGCAGGACCUCCUGAGUGCCAUCGGCCAGUCUUUAGGGGGCGAUGCGUUACACCGUCGUGUGGCUUUGGAGGUCUUGGCAUCCCUGGUUCGCUCCAUGGGAGCCCGGCUCCAGAGCCACUACCGGGAGAUUGGGAAGACCUUAGCCGCGUCCGUGCAGGAUGUGGAUCCCAACGUCCGCAUCGCCGCACUGGCCGUGGUUGGUGUAGCGGCAUCCUCCUGGUGUUCCUGCCCAGAGGAUUUGCCCCACUGGCAUGGCGCAGCGGACGCCACGCUGGAGGUGGGUUGGUCGGCCUUAUCCUCUUCAGAUCAGGACGCGCCAAAGGUCCUAGUGGCCGCCUUACGAGCCUUGAGCCGCCUGGCGCCAGCGCUGAAGUCGGAGGCAUUGACCUCAGCAUCCUUGCAGCUGGCUUGUCGAGUGCUGAAUUGCAGCUCCUCGCCCAGUGUCGAGUCCUGCCAAAUCCAGGCCUUGCAGCUGUUGAAAGCUUUGGUUCGAAGCGAGCCGAUGCUCUUGGCAGGUCAACAGGGCCGGGCCGCAGUGGGUGCUGCCUUCUCCGCGGCCAAGGAUGCAGCGCCCUCGGUGGAUGACUUGGACGAGGUCAGCAACACCGCGUUGUCCGCGAGGGAGUGCCUCCGGGUCAUGGCCAAAGCCCACCCUACCCAGGCAGUGGCGUCGGUUCUGGAGGCAGCGAAAGCGGCUGCAGCCAGUGCUGAUGCUUUGGACCGCGCCGCUGCAGUGCAUGCGGUAGCCUUUGCCUUGUCGGGCGCGCGGGAGGUCCCCGCGGGGUGGGCGGUGCCUUUGGCCAAUGCCUUGAGGGACUCUGCCGUUUGGGUCCGCCAGGCGGCCUGCGAGGGCGCCGUCUUGCUGGCCGAAGAGCUGAAAUCCUCUCAGUCGGUCACUGGAGGCUUUGAGCAGAUCCUGGGUCGUUUAGUGGAACUGCUUCCACGGGAACCCCAGCUGGAACUCUUGGAGAAGGCCGCGGCUGCAGCCAGCGCCAUUCUACAAGAGCUCACCACGGACGAGGCGGCCUCGGUUCUGUCCACCGCGGCUCCAGCAGUUUUUCAGGCGAUGACCAAAGUGUCACACGCUCUUGCUGGGGCCGCCACGAGCAGCGAUGCCGAGGACCAGCGCACCACCGCGCUGGACGGCGGCGCCGCCCUGGCGGCGUUGGCGCGGACGCUCACCGCCUUGGCCAGCUGCACGGCGGAUCACUUUGCACCUUGGGCGCCGGAGGCUGCCAAGAGCUUGGUGACCUUGUUCCGCGGCUGUAAAGCGGGAGGCCCUGGUACUGCGCCAUCGAGCCCUCCACACAACUACGCGGGAGAACCUGCGGGUCCAUCAAGGGAUGUCUCCCUCAGCAGCGCAGUGCCGCAGAGGUCCGACUUAUUAAAAGUGGAACAUUUCAGCUAAAGACGCAGACAUCCGUCCUCC